CGAUAUUUGAAGGUGAUCGGUCUCUGUCCGCCAUCUUUACAGAAGAAGGGCACGAAAAGGCCGUAACAAGGGUGCCCUGCCAGAUUCAUCCUUCAAAAUGUUGUCCAGGCUCGUCCUCAUCUCAGCUAAUGCCCUGAAAGGCAGGGGGCCCCUUGGGGCUGGUCUGGUCCAAGCAUCCCGCUCUUUGCAGACGUCUUCCCAGAGUCUGGCCCCAGUGCCCCCACUGCCCGAGACGGGAGGCAAAGUACGCCAUGGCAUCUUCCCAGAGGAGCUGUUCCAGCUUCUGUACCCCAAAACUGGAGUCACAGGACCUUACAUGCUUGGCACCGGCCUCCUUGUCUACAUGCUUUCCAAGGAAAUCUACAUCAUCAACCACGAAACCUUUGUUGCUGCCUCCGUAGGAGGGAUUUUUGUCUACAUUGUCAAGAAAUAUGGCGCACAAAUUGCAGCAUUUGCAGACAAAAUAAAUGAGGACAAAAUGGCCAAGGCUCAGGAGGUGAAGGAUCUGGCCAUGACUAACCUGGCCCAGGCCAUUGAGAACGAGAAGAAGGAGCAGUGGAGAGUAGAGGGCCGGUCGAUGCUCUUUGACGCCAAGAGGAACAAUGUGGCGAUGAUUCUGGAGACAAACUACAGGGAAAGACUACACAUGGUUACAAAUGAGGUGAAGAGGCGUCUGGACUAUCAGAUCGCCCUCCAGGACCUGCACCGCCGCAUGGAGCAGGAGCACAUGGUCAACUGGGUCGAGAAGAGUGUCAUCGGCAGCAUCACACCUCAGCAGGAAAAGGAGAGCAUCGCCAAGUGCAUCACAGACCUGAAGGCCCUGGCCAAGGCCACACAGGCCAAAGCUACUGUCUAAACUCCUAAGAAGAAGGAUUAUGGUCACUCAUCUAUCGAAAGGAGGCACCCGCAUUUCUUCUAAUAGUUCCUCUUCAGUGUCUCUGUGAAUAUUAUGGGUGUGUACAGUAUUUACACGUCAGAUGAUGGUAAAAUAAAUGGUUCUCUUAUUCAGAAA